CUAAGCUGUGCACUCGAAGUCGGUCGACUAACGGGUAUAUAAUGAGUAGCAGUACACUGAUUGAGGUGUUCGGUCACAUCGCGUUCAGUUUUACACGAGGUGUUACAGAGCAUUACAACCCUGAAGAACCUGAAUUUACGGCGGAGUCCUUUGGCUACGAUCCUUUAGAAAGCACCGGACGAGAAUGGUAUUAUCAUCCUGCUGAUGAGUUUAUAUUUCAGGAAUACAGCGAUAGAAGAGACACAGCUUUUUCUUCUUUUCCGUCAAGUCUGAUUGAUGCGAGAUGUAUAGACGCGUGCGCACCAGAGGAAAAUGAAGAGACAUUAGACAACGAACAAGAUGAAGAUCGAGCAAUGGCUUGGAAGCGGCUCAGACCAUCCGCUCUUUCCACAGUGGGGAAAGCAAUGUGUAAUGGGGCACUGAUUUCACUGAUGAUGGCCACUCUCAUAGGCUCGCUAUUCAUGUUGAUCACUUAUCUCUCGUAUAAAACUGAACUCAACUGUCAGUUUCACUCCAAAGAGUCAAUUCCGGUACAAGUUCAGUGGAUCAUUUCAAUAUCUGGUAUCCUCUUCUGUGCUCUUCUGUACAUGUGGUUUUUCGCAAGUGUGAUUUUGUUAUUUCGCCCAUUUCAGCUGAUCGGGGUGAAGAAAAAACUUAUUUUAGUAACUUUUCUACUGUAUGGCUUGGAUACACUUUAUCGUGUUAUUCUUCAAGUGUUUCAAGUAAAUCAGACAAAGGCUUUCAGGAAGCAAAAGAUCCCUCUCCAUUUUUUGUUUCUUAUGAGUAUAUGCGGGCAAGUUUAUCUUUUAAUGAGGCAUUUUUUGAGAGGACGUUCGAGAAGACAACAGGCAAUCUUUUUCUUUCAAAUGAUUCUGCCAUCCUGUUUUAGCUUCCUUCUGGGUUUCAUCGCAACUGUUUCCAUUUACCCAGCGUACAACAGACAAAACAAGGAAGGAAAACUUCUAAUCGCUAUUUUCGCUCCGCUUGUUGGAGUUGUACUUAAAGUAAUUUCUAGGAUUCCCGUUCAGCGGUUGUGGAAAUUUACUCAUCCUGGAUAUUCUUACGUGUUAUUGGCGCCGGUGUAUUNUUAA